AGUUCCAAGUUAUCCCAAAACCCUCCCAACACUUCUCUAUAUAUAUCAAUUUUGUUUGUUUUCCUAUAAGGCAUAAGCCAUUCAACAAUCUCUCUCUUUACCUUCAAUCCAUAUUGUGUUUCAAAUAUGGCAAACCUUUCACCCUGUGUUUUCAUAAUUCUGUCCAUGUGGUGUUGCACCACCAUGGCUGAACCUGAUGUCAUGAAAUACAAAGACCCGACACAGCCGUUAAACGUUCGGAUAAAAGACUUAAUCGGUCGAAUGACUUUGCAAGAGAAAGUUGGUCAAAUGGUACAGAUUGAUAGAUCUGUAGCCACACCUGACGUAAUGCGCAAUUACUUCAUAGGGAGUUUAUUAAGCGGCGGAGGUAGUGUUCCGGCGAAAGAGGCAUCACCGGAGACAUGGAUUAACAUGGUGAAUGACUUCCAAAGAGGAUCAUUAUCUACUCGUUUAGGGAUACCUAUGAUCUAUGGGAUCGAUGCUGUUCAUGGCAAUAGUAAUGUUUUUAAUGCCACUAUUUUCCCACAUAAUGUUGGCCUUGGAGUAACAAGGGAUCCUGAGUUGGUUAAGAAAAUUGGAGCUGCAACUGCUCUUGAAGUUCGAGCAACCGGGAUUAACUACGCAUUUGCACCUUGCGUUGCGGUUUGUAGGGAUCCAAGAUGGGGUCGUUGCUUUGAAAGUUUUAGCGAAGAUCCUAAUAUCGUACGAGAAAUGACUGAGAUCAUACCAGGACUUCAAGGGGAGAUUCCUAUUGAUGGUCGAAAAGGUGUUCCUUUUGUUGAUGGACAAACAAAGAUUGCAGCUUCGGCCAAACACUUUGUUGGCGAUGGUGGAACGACAAGAGGCAUCAACGAGAACGAUACAGUCAUAGAUUUUCAUGGUUUGUUGAGCAUUCAUAUGCCGCCUUAUUAUGAUGCAGUUAGGAAGGGUGUUGCAACCAUCAUGGUUUCUUACUCUAGCUGGAAUGGAGUCAAAAUGCAUAGAAGCAAAGAACUUAUAACUGGAUUCCUCAAGAACAUUCUCAAAUUCAGAGGAUUUGUGAUAUCAGAUUUUCAAGGUAUUGACAAGAUGACCGAUCCACCUCAUGCUAACUACACUUGGUCUAUUCAAGAGAGUGUUGGCGCUGGCAUAGACAUGGUCAUGGUUGGGUACAACUACUUUGAGUUUAUCGACGGGCUAACCUAUCUCGUGAACAACAAUUACAUCCCAAUGAGUCGGAUUGAUGAUGCUGUAAAAAGAAUUUUACGGGUGAAGUUUGUGAUGGGGUUGUUUGAAAACCCGUUAACUGAUUUAAGCAUGGCGAAAUACCUUGGAGAACAGGAUCACCGAGAUUUGGCUAGGGAAGCAGUAAGGAAAUCUUUGGUCUUAUUAAAGAACGGAAAAUCUGUUGAUCAGCCAAUGCUUCCCCUACCUAAAAAAUCGACAAAGAUCUUGGUAGCCGGUACUCAUGCUGAUAACAUUGGCAAUCAGUGUGGUGGUUGGACCAUUGAAUGGCAUGGGGAAAGUGGUAAUAUCACUAAAGGUACAACCAUUUUAUCUGCUGUGAAAAGCGCGGUUGACCCGACAACAGAAGUUGUAUAUGUAGAGAAUCCGACUCCUGAUUUCAUCAAGUCCAACAAUUUCGCAUAUGCCAUUGUGGUAACCGGGGAGUAUCCGUACUCAGAGUCAUCUGGAGAUAACCAGAACCUAACCAUACCAGAACCUGGACCAACAACCAUCAUGAACGUAUGUGAGUCGAUGAAGUGUGUGGUGGUGCUAAUGUCGGGCAGGCCCGUGGUGAUCGAACCUUAUGUUUCUAGCAUGGACGCGUUGGUGGCUGCAUGGCUUCCAGGGAGUGAAGGCCAAGGUGUGACUGAUGUUUUGUUUGGUGACUAUGGGUUCACGGGUAAGCUUGCACAUACUUGGUUCAAGACCGUUGAUCAACUUCCGAUGAAUGUUGGCGACCCGCAUUAUGAUCCGUUGUACCCGUUCGGAUAUGGGCUCACAACUGAACCUACCAAAGGAUUUUAGAGGUGCCUGGUGAGCAUUUAAGGAAGUUUUAGAGUAUAUAUAGUAUUGAGUCAUUACAGUGUUUUUACUUUGGUGUUUUUAUUUUUAUUUUUAAUCAAAACAAUUCUUUGAACACAUAUUAUUUUAUGCAUAAAAUAUCAGAGGGUGAUCCUAUAUAGUAUA